AUGGGUGCAUCCGGGUGGUACGCAGGCAUCUUUCUCAUGAACGGAAUGAAGAUCCGGGGAACCGUGUCCUUUGACAUUUUCCACCGCCUUCAUUGUGACGUUCAAGAUGCUGCUGCAGAGGCUGGUCUGGAGCUUGCCCGUCUGGAAGCGGCGGCAGUGUGUGCGGUGCGACGUGGCCCGUACGCCACUGAUGGCCAUCACCAGACGCUGCUCCAGGCCUCUCGCGAUCUCGCUGCAGUGCCCGUGCCCAACUCGUUCCUCAACAUCUUCUAUGGUUGCACAGCUGCACAUGACGUCUACACUGUGUCAGUUAGCUUAGGCGAUCUCUGCUGUGACUUCCGACUGGUGCCACAGGGCACUGAGGAACACAGGCACGCUUCCCUUGGCGAUGCUCCAAAGCGUGGCCGGUGGUGGGCACUGGAAGGCCUCUCCCGUCACCAGCGCCCAAUGCGAACGGCCAACCUCAUACUUUUGUUGUAUCUGGGCUUCCAGAGGGGCUACUGGAAAACAUGGGACGAGACACCACUGCUCAAGGCCAAUCCAGAGGAAUCCGGGGCCGCUCCCACAGACCCACCGGCAGCCUCUGCUGCUGCUGGUCCUGAGGCUGCACCCGAGGCAGCGGAAGAUGUCGAGCCAGACACGAAAAAGCGCAAGAUGAGCACAAGCUCGGCUCGGGCCGAGCUCCGGAAGCGCAAAGCAGAUGCAGGCAGCCAAUUCCGGCCCCUCAGCUGCUGA